AUACAGUGGCAGUCACAGGAUCUCCUGCAACACCAACAUCUCCAAACAGAAGGGCGGGGUCUGGUUCUCUAUAGAAGAACCAAACUGUGAAAGCGCCUGAGACCCUUCACAUCACACCAUGAUCUCUUUUCUGCUAUUAGCACUGAUUUGCGCGGCCUCGGCCAGCCGCGUGCCUCGCACCUGUGGCACAUGCGAGCUGAGCGGGUGCGAGCCUUUGCCUGCCGAGGGCUGCGCGUACGGGACGCUGAAGGACGCGUGCGGAUGCUGCGCGUUUUGCGCGUCUGGGGCGGGAGAGCCGUGCGGGGUACGCGGAGCCGCAGCCAAGCGUUGCGCGUCUGGGCUCGAGUGCGUCAGAGACAAGAAGAGUAAAUCAGGCGUUUGCGCGUGUAAGAGCGACUAUCCCGUGUGCGGAUCUGAUGGUGUGAAUUAUAAAACCGGCUGUGAUUUGAAAGCAGCGAGUCUGAAAGCUGUGAGUGAGAAAAAACCCGAGAUUAAGAUCCAGAACAAAGGCAAAUGCGCCCAAGCCCCUGUUAUUGUGACGGCACCAGCUGAGGUGUGGAACGUGACUGGAUCACAAGUCUUUCUGAGCUGUGAAGCCACUGGGAUCCCCACCCCGGUGCUCACCUGGAGAAAGGUUUCUGAUGGAAAAACUCUACCACUCCCCGGAGACAGAGAAAACCUGGCGGUUCAAACCCGUGGAGGCCCGGAGAAGCAUGAGGUCACUGGUUGGGUGCUAAUAUCUCCUCUUACCAAAAAUGAGGCCGGUUCCUACGAGUGUCAUGCCAGUAAUAUUAAAGGUGAAGCUUCGGCUGUAGGCACCAUCCAUGUGGUGGACUCCAUCAAUGACAUUCCCGCUAAGAAGGUGGUGAAUGACGAGGAACUGUAAGGGAACUUCAUGACCUUUGAUGGGAGUCCUGCUGUAUCAGGAGAUCAGAAAACCACAACUUCCUAUUGUUCAUAUGGAGCAUUUGGACAAGCACCACACACUGCCUGAAGUUAUUCAUGCGCACUCACAAAAGCCAGACCUUGACAUUUCCAUCUAUUCAUAUUCCUUACCUCACUCUACAAUCUGUCUGCCCACAGAAUAACUUUGAUAUUGUAAAGGAUCAGCAUCAGAUCGAUCUCAGAGAUUCACACACAAAUCCACGUGAACAUUCAGGCAUGCAGACUCUACGUGGCUUACGCUAUCUCUCACAAAUUCAUUCACAUUCGCAUGCAAUCGAGGCACUCGGGUAUCUCAUCUCUACUUAUCACAUACAUGCUUUGAUUCUCUUUGCAAUUAUCGAUCAUUUUAAAGAUAAGCGUUUUUGUUUAAUACAAGUAUCAUGCUCAAUUUUAAGCAUGUAUUGUCUCACAGUCAACGUCUAUGGUGCUGAAUAACAUUUUGAUUGUCGACUGUUUUUGUGCAAAAUAUUUGAAAGUUUAAACCAACAAAAGAAAACAUAUACAGCUGCCUAAUCCUUCAGCAUAACAUAAUGCAAUUAAGCUCUUUGUCCAUUACUGUCAUAAUAUUAAAUGUUGUCGUGUAAAAGUGAGUAUAUACUGCUUUUGUGCAUCACUAAUGAAUAAAGAUAUCAUUUGUGAGA